UUUCGAUACCGUCAAAUUGAAUUUCGACCUUGAAGCGGUGUUGAUGUGUAUGACAUUUCUACACCGUCUACCGUUCAAAUGUGUGGUUUGUUUCUCGGAAAAAUUAUUUCCGGUGACAUAAAUUUUAUCAGCUCAUGUUUUUUUAAUGAAUUUGCCCAAAAAUCUGAUAAAACUUAGAUAUUUAGUAUUGUAGUACAAACAAUAGUUUAUAUAUAAACUAUGAUAUAUUAUACUUCUCAAUAUUGUAAUUGGGAUAUAUUCCAAUUAUAGUUUUGAUUCUCUUUUUGGUGUUUGGGAAAGUUGCCAAUUUUCAACGUAAUAAGGAAGAAGCAUCUGGCUAUGCCUUUUAACGAGUCAUAAGAAUUUUAUUGCUUCGAAGCCUUUGGUAUGUUCGCUAAUAGGUAUGUAAGAGUGAAAUUGGUACACAGCUGAUUAUAGCUUUAAAUUUUGUGCCCCACAGAUCGAGUACAUAAUUUGGACUUUACUAGCCUAACAUAAGCUACCUUUAAUCGUAGAUUCAGCUUGGCAAUGAGCGAAGUCGAUAACAUGUGGGCAUUUAAAUUAGCUUAAAUGCUCACUUACUAGACUAUGGUUUAAAAUCAUUGUCUCUUGAUUCUUAGGGUCAAAAGUCGUUCAUAAAUUAUAGUCUUCUCUUAAUGGAACUUCUAACAAUUCUCUAUAACGAGGUACUAAAUAUUGGAGUGUAGGUUAACUGGUAUUUAUCUACCCACUGUAGAACCUUUUAUUUAAUGAGACAAUAUGUUUUAGCCGUGACAAAAUUUACCAAACUUGGAAAGCACCGAAUGUGUUGGUUCACUUUGUAAGGGUGAAUUGAAGGAUUAUUUUCACUAAAAGGUCUAUCCACAGCUCUGCACAUUUGACCUAAUAGUCAAAAAAAUGUUUACUACUGAUCUAAUCCGUCAAACAUGUCUUUACCUCAUUUCAGCAUCCAAAUGUAUUUAUCACUUCAACUUUCCCCUAGACCUUUAUUGACGGCGACUUUCGAUUCCGCCGAUAGGAAGACUAUUUUGGUUGUAUCUUCUCUCAACAAAAGUCCUGAAAAUACAUAAGGUCUCAAGUUUCCUGUUUUGGCUAAAAAAUGUGCAUAAAAGCUUGAGGAAAAUAGUUUGAGGCACUGUUGAUUUCUGCUGUAAAUACUCGUUUUCAACUAAGUUUGUCGUACAUCUGAUAAAGGUAGCUGAUCACUUACCUAGAGUUCAGAACACAAACAGUACGAUCCUGUCUCAAAGGUCACUUCAAGAUGAAACUUUUUGAGCGUUUAACAUUUGUCGGUUGACGUAUCAGAGCUAGUUUUGACCUGAUACCAAUCCUACCCUUAGUUAUUAAACGUUAUAUAAAGCUAACUUCGCUUAGGUCGUUUUUGUAAGACCCAAUUUGUUAAGGAUCAAAUCAGUCAAACCGGGCAUAAACAUGCAUCUGUUCAAGUGUCGCACUAGUGUAGCGAGAUAAAACCAACAAACUGAAUAGUGAAGGGGUUUAAAUAAUAAAAUUAUCAAGGAUAUACAAGACUCAUUAUGAAGAACAUGGUUCGGAAAAGGGAAUAAAGUAGAUAGAUAUAAAGGUAAAAAGUAAUGCCAAAUUUUACGAUUUACAGAGCGGUAAAGAAUAAACCAAUUUAGGCCACUAAAAAUUAUUUUGAGCCAUGUCACCUUGGGUCUUGAACUUUACGUGGUUAAAUAAAUUUCUGCAUAGCUUUAAUAACGUGGUUUGUUUUUAUCGAUUUGCAGUGCAUAGUACCUGCUAUAGAUAAAGCAUAUUAUUUAACAAUUUACUAUUUAGCCUCAAAAUAAAAAAACAUAAAUAAAUGUAGAAAGAACUGAUGACCUGUCAAAGAUCCCAUCAAAUCGUUAUUGGCUAGAGGGGAAACCAGCAAGCGAGUAUCGUUGAGUAUGGGAUGGAAUUCUUUAACACUUAUUUGAAUACAGACGAUUUCAUAAAAGUCGUCGAAAUUAAUAAAAUUCUUAUUCAGACACUUUAUGUUGCCCCGAAUAAAACUACUUGUGGUGUAGUUAAUAACUAAGCAUGUCAUUAACAAGUUUCGUCAAGUUUAGAAAUCAAGACUAUUCUACUUUAAAAAAGGAGCAAUUAACCAGAGGAGUUAAGUUUGUUGACGAUGAAUUCCCACCAGAAUCAAUGAAUUUGCAAUGUCUUAAUAUACCCUCUGGUCCUUUAAGUUACUUGCGACCUUCCGAAAUUGUCUCUGAUCCAUGUUUCAGUCGAAAUGAAUCAUAUUUUAGUUUAAAAAGAGGCUUUGUGAAAAAUUUCAAUAUUCUCCUCGCAUUCACUGGUUUGAAAUACAAGGCGAAGUACUGGGCAAAAGUACUCGUCGAUAUAAAAUCUCAAGAAUGGGAUGUAAAACAUGUUAAUGAACAUCCGGGGAUUUUUCGUUUUCGAUUUUGGCAAGAAGGCAUGUAUUUUGAAGUAACAAUUGAUGAUAUGUUACCGUGUUAUGAAGGAAAGUGUAUAUCUUUGUCAUCUUCCAGUGCCAAGGAGUUUUGGCCGGCUUUAUUAGAAAAAGCCUAUGCUAAAUUAUUAGGUGGCUAUGAUAAAUUGGAGUAUGUUCGACUGGAAGAAGCCAUGAUGGAUUUGACUGGCGGUGUGACUGAAUCAAUUAGUUUACAAAAUUUAUAUUCUGCACCAGCUAUGAAACAAGUUUUAUUCUUUGAACAAAUGGAGAAAGAUUUAAUUGAUGAAUGUAUUGUAAUAUUUUGUACAAAAGAGGACAGUGAACAACAGGAGGGUGAUUCUGAAACAUCGCCUCAUAUCUUUGGGGCUCCUAAUCUUCAUGAUCAUGUGCUUAAUAAAGAAUCUGGACUUUAUCUAAAUUAUGGCUAUUUAUUAACAAGAGUUUGUGCAGUUCCGAAAGAUAUUAGCGUUUUUGGAGCAUUUAAAGAUAUGUUUAGACGUGCUGGUGAUUGUCCUAUACAAGCUCGUUUAAUGCGUUUACGUUGUCCUCUGAGUGUAAUCGAUAGUGGUUCUGGUCAAGGUGAAUGGAAAGGAGCUUACAGUUCAUCAUCCAGUGAAUGGGAAGAAAUAAAUUUAGAGGCACGUAAACGAUUAAGUUUAACUUUUGAUUCAGAAACUGAAUUUUGGAUACCACUUGAAUUUAUAUUACAACAUAUGUCUGGUGUGUUAAUAUGUCGUUUUCCAGAUACUAGUAUUGUUAGUUUACCUGGACAUAUAACAUGGCGUUUAUGUGAACAUCAUGGUGCUUGGUGUGGUCAUCAAACUGGUGGCAAUUUACAAUAUCGUAAUACAUUUCUACAUAAUCCUCAAUAUUAUUUCGAUAUAAUGAAUGAUUCUGAUGAAGUUCUACUAUCUCUUGUACGCAAAUAUAAUCGUGAUCCACUAACUAUGGUCAUAGAACCUGAUUUAAAUCCAUUAUCUAUUGGUUUAGGUCUAUUCAAGAUUGAAAAUAAUCGUCCUGUAAAAUCUCAUACAUUAGCAUUCUGUCAAGUAAUUCAUGUGGAACCAUCUCGACCUUAUCGAGUUUGUCUUAUUCGUGCACGUUUAACUGUUGGUCGAUAUUUAGUAGUUCCAUUCAUGGAACAACCAUUAUCUACAGCCGCUUAUUUAUUAAGAUUAUAUUUACCGAAACGUUCAGAAAGCAGGGAAUUUACUUUAGAUAUUCCACAAAAUGGUUUUUUAAAUUUUUUCAUUGGUAAACCAAAAGAAGCUGUACGUUUACAUGUUCAUAGUGCAUCGAAUCUUUUAUGGCCUGAUGGUAAAAAUCCUCCAUCACCAUAUUGUAUUAUUAAAUGUGAAUAUGAUACUGUACAAACUACUAUUUCACAAAGUAAUAAUAAUCCUGUUUGGAAUGAAUAUUUUCUAUUUUAUCGUCGUAAAUUAAAUAAACCAAUUGAAAUACAAAUAAUGGAUAAACAUGCAUUAGGAUUUGAUGUAUUUCUUGGACGACAUAGUUUUACAGAAGCAGAAAUCGCCAAUCGUUGUCAACAAGAAGUAGUACUCUAUGGAAGAGAUACAAAAACUGAACGAUUUCAAAAAAUGAAAGGUUCAUUAUUCAUUGAAUUUUACAGUGUUGGUCAAGAAGACUUCAUGAAUAUAUAAUAUAAGAGAAGUAGAUCAAUAUUGUUCUGGUUAUCUGUGAUUUCUUGACUAUAUCUAUGCGUUAAACUGAGGUUAAUUAUGAAUGAUGUGUAUACUGUGAUUGCACCAUCAUCAUCAUCACUCCGUUUGAGAGGGUGAUCAAUUCAUUACCACUGUUUGUUUUAUACUUGUAAUAUAAUGCAUAAACUGUGAUAAAUCUCUCUUUCUCUGUCUUUCUCCUCUCUUAUUCGUCUGUGAUAUAUAUACUUCUGUCUGCAUGAUCCCUUCACUCCUAUGUACUUUUAAGCUAUUUAAUAACAAUAAUAUAGGAGAUACAGUCUUGGGAUUAUGUAAUUAAUAAACAAAUAAUGGUGUCAGUACUUUAUUGUCUUUUUAUAUAGUAAAUGAGCGACGUCAAUCGAUAUGGGAACUUAAGGUUUCAGCUUCGUUCUAACAUUUACCAACUAGGCCCUUAUAAAAUCUUGGAGGAACUAGUUUUCUCCUUGGAACUGUUAGUUCCUAUCAUUCUAUUUUACAGUUAUAAACUAUCAAUAAGCUAUUUAAGUUACAACUGACCUCUUGUAGGAUCAAGAUAUUGGCUAAUUGAAUAAACAGGUACGACAUUCAUUAUUGUUCACUGAUCAACUGAUGCUGUUUUUUAUACCCAUUAAAAUCUGUCUACUUAAUAGAAGGAUAAACAUGAAUAUUGCUAGUUUGUUAAAGAAAAGAAAGGAGAAGGUUAAAUUAAAUAAAAAGUGGCUGUCAGGACUCAGUGGUUGAAUGGAUAUCAAGAUGGCGUUUGAAGCGUAAGUUACUUGGUUCGAGUCUCAGAAUGAAUAUCAACUCUGAGAUUCAGGUUGCUAUUCGUUCGUUGCCUGUUACUCCCAAUGGAGCAUA